GGCGUCCUCUCGCAGGCGAAUUAUCCUGCCGGUGAGAGGCUCUCUGUACUCGCUCAGCCAGCUCAGCGCCUUUCUCGGCAGCUAGCUUACACUCUCGCUUGUUAUCUCGCGAAGGCUCAGUCGUCGGCGCCAUUCAUGGCCGCCAGUCAGCCGACACUCAGCCUCCAGCCGCCACAAGCAAUCGAUUUCCGCCGUCGAGUCCAGCCUGACGACGAUGAUUCACCGUCGGUCUCAUCGGUGGCUUCUGCCCAUCCGGAGGAGCCCGUGACAAGCCCGGGCGAGCUUCACUCGCCUGAGGAGGCGCCCGGACCGUCGCUGCGCUCCCGGUUCCAUCCUUGGAACUUCCUGAGCGGCUCGAUGGCGGGUGCUACAGCCAAGACCAUCAUCUACCCUCUCGAUAGGGUCAAAAUGAUCUACCAGGUCCGCUCAGGAACACCGCCCGCGCCACACACGUGAGAAUGAGGUGAACAGGUGGUGUUUGUUGUGUCUGUGUCCCCUCCCUCCCUCCCUCCCCUUGUGGUCGCAGGUCCGUGGUGGGCGUGAGGACACUGUCGGUCAGUUUCGUUUGCGUGCCAUCUUUCGUGAUUUGGGAGGCAUUGUGAGGAAGGAGGGCUUGUUUGCUUUGUGGAAGGGCAACCUGGCGUCGUUCGCACGGACCUUCCCGCACGCGGGCAUAGUGUUCUACACUUAUGACAUCUACCACGACGCCCUGCAGAAGGCGUGCCCCUCUGACUUCAACCGACUGGUGGCAGGGGGAUGCGCUGGUGGGUGGGGGUGCACACACACACACACACACACACACACACGCGUGUGCUGUGCUGUACUGUGCUGGAUGCUGUCGGUUGCCUGCCCUGUGUGUGUGUGUGUAGGUAUGACGUCAGUGGUGAUCACCUACCCGCUGGACCUGUGGAACACACGGAUGGCGGUGUCCAGAUCAGUCAAGGAAUACAAGGAGGUCAGUGAGCGACAGACAUGUACUGUACUGGCCGACAAAGUGCCAGCUGCACACGUAACCGAUGCCUAUGCUGUUGGCUAUCAGGUGACGUUGUGGAAGCGCGAGGGCCUGAUCAGCUUGACCAGGGGCCUAUUGCCGACUGUCUUGGGCAUCUUCCCCUACUCGGCAAUAUCCUUCUACACCUUCGAGAGCCUCAAGCACACCAUGCAGAAACAAAGACAGGUAGGUGGCUGCGGUGCGUACUUUGACACACACGAUUCACACCUGGGUAAUGGUCACGUUCACAACUGCACGCCGUCAUGCCUGCUAUCCUUCUGCAGCGCAUUCGUCGGCCCCAGCCAUCAGACAGCGACACAUCCUCGUCUGCUCCCGCCCUCACGACGCCCCAGAAGCUGCCCCCCUGGUUGAAUCUGCUCUGCGGCGGCACGGCCGGGUUGGUCUCACAGACGGCCACCUAUCCAAUCGACACAGUGCGGAAAAGGCUGCAGGCGGACAUAUUCCUCAACCACAUCAAGGUAGUCAAUCAGCAGCCGGAUGUCUGGCGCAUCGGCCCCAUCCGUCCAUCCAUGCCACGUGCUCUCUGUGUGUCUAUGCAGGAGUUGCGAGCGGCCGAGCGUCACCAUGCCAAGCCCCAUUCCUCCCAGCCGCUGCCCGAGCCCCUGCCGCACGCCACGCUGGGCUCGAUCGGCCGUGCGACUGCUCAGGGUGUCUGGUGGGUGGUGAGCGACAUCUGGCGGACGCAGGGCAUCCGUGGCUUCUACAACGGGGUGACGCUGAACUGGAUCAAGGGGCCGCUGUCGGUGGGGCUGAGCUUCACGCUGCAUGAACUGCUCAGGCACUGACGGAGAGGAGAGAGAGAGGGAAAUGUGUAGCGACCGGAUGGAAAGGGGCUGGCUGUAGAGACACAG